CAAAAUUUUGUCAUGUCUGCACUAUAGUUGGCAGCGUAUUUCAGUUGUCAAUUCGGUGUUAUCGAAAAUCAUGAUUUUACCAGCGAUUUUUGGAUUAUUGCUGAUUUUGCCCAACGUUUUGGGCUUGAGUGAAGAAAUGCAAGAACUGGCCGCUCAGUUACAUAAAACUUGUGUAGAAGAAACUGGCACAAAUAAUGAUGCAAUUCAAAACGCUAACAAAGGAAUUUUCUCUGAAGAUCAAAGUUUCAAAUGUUACAUCAAGUGUCUUUUGGAACAAAUGGCAGUGAUAGACAACGAUACGGGAGAAAUUGAUGUGGAAGCCAUGAUAGCUGUCUUGCCUGAGGAAUUUCAAGAAAAAACAGCACCGAUUAUCAGGAAAUGUGGAUCAAAAAAAGGUGCAAAUAUUUGUGAAAAUGCAUGGCUCACCCACAAAUGCUAUUACGAAACUGAUCCAACGAUGUAUGCUCUAAUCUAAACCGCGCGGUCCAAUGGAUUUUUCUGACAUCUUGUUAUCUUUGAUCAAUAAAUUGUUUCAGCAACAA